CAGUACAUGAUUACUUUUUUGGCGGUCAUCCCCAUUUGAAUUUAUUGUUUACGCGAAUCGUGUCGGUCGGUCACUCGUCGCCGUUUCCAAAAAGAAAAUAUUCUCUCUCUCUCUCUAUUUCUGUGUGUAAAACACAUAUACACACAUAUAUCAUUUGUAAACCCUAGAAGACAAUCAUGAAGACCAAGAAACCACUUACACAGCUGAAGCUCUCUGUUCCUGCUCAAGAAACUCCAAUCACCAGCUUCUUGACUGCGAGUGGCACAUUUCAUGAAGGCGAUUUGCUCUUGAACAUGAAAGGUUUGCGACUCACAUCCAAAGAAAACGAACCUCGUCUUUCAGAAACUGAGCUUGAUCUCCAAUUCUCAUUAGAAGACCUUGAAACCAUCAAAGUCAUUGGGAAGGGCAGUGGUGGCGUAGUUCAACUUGUUCGCCACAAGUGGGUCGGAACACUGUUUGCCUUGAAGGUUAUACAGAUGAACAUACAAGAGGAUAUUCGUAAACAAAUUGUGCAGGAGCUGAAAAUAAAUCAGGCAUCACAAUGUUCACAAGUUGUAGUUUGCUACCAUUCUUUCUAUCACAAUGGAGUCAUCUCUCUGGUGUUAGAAUACAUGGACCGUGGGUCUUUGGCGGAUGUGAUCAGACAAGUCAAAACAAUCCUUGAACCAUAUCUUGCAGUUGUUUGUAAGCAGGUUUUACAAGGUCUUGUGUACUUGCACCAUGAAAGGCAUGUAAUUCAUAGGGAUAUAAAACCAUCCAACCUGCUGGUAAAUCACAAAGGAGAAGUAAAGAUUACAGAUUUUGGUGUGAGUGCGAUGCUGGCCAGUUCUAUGGGUCAACGAGAUACAUUUGUUGGGACUUACAAUUACAUGUCUCCUGAAAGAAUUAGUGGGAGCACAUACGACUAUAAGAGCGAUAUUUGGAGUUUGGGCAUGGUAAUACUUGAGUGUGCUAUAGGGCGGUUUCCCUAUAUACAAUCUGAAGAUCAGCAAGGUGGGCCAAGCUUUUAUGAGCUUUUGCAGGCCAUUGUGGGAAGCCCACCACCUUCUGCUCCACCAGAUCAAUUUUCUCCUGAGUUCUGUUCAUUUGUAUCGGCUUGCAUAAAAAAGGAACCUCGAGACAGAUUGUCAGCUUUGGACCUAUUGAGUCAUCCAUUUAUCAAGAAGUUUGAGGACAAAGACAUUGAUCUCGAGAUUCUGGUGGGUAGCUUGGAACCUCCUGUAAAUUUUACAAGAUAAAUCUGUCUUGCAAUGAUGGAUUUUGAGUGUGAAAUGUUCUCACUUAUAUGUAUCGACAGCUGUGCUCAAACAUUACAUAGCAAUUAAGCAUUUGAUAUGCCAUGCCUAACUGUCUUUGAAUGUUCAGAUAGUAAUGUAUUCAUCAGGUACCUAAAAUCAGGUUCUGGUUGGGUCCAUGUCUUGAUUGGGUGUAUCAAGCAUUUAAGCGAUGGACCAGGACCUGCCCCGGCUACUUAUUUUCUUGGCCGGAUCUUCCAUUUUAGUGUAAUUAGUGAGGUUGCUGGACCUACUUAGCUGUACCUCCUCUUCAGAGAGCCACAAUUAAGUCCUCAAUAUCUCUCAAUUUUAAUUCA